UUUGCCUCAAGAUUUUUUUUAUACACAUAUAAGAAAUAAAUCAAUCAUGGGCAAAAAAACUUUCAAAGCCAAUCCAGACACUGCCACUGUUGCUACAUCAGCAACCACAGCAGUAUCUGCCGGGAUCUUGUUCUCCGCGUUCGAUGAGAGCCCCAGUGCCGAAUUUUUUGCUCUCGUAACACACAACAUUGGUCGCCAUCAGUUGCGUAUCUUCAACACACGAUCUGGCACUGUCAGCAACGACUUUUCUUCCGAAAAUAAGGAGUCUUUUACAAGCUUAAGCUGGGGCAAUGUCGUGGAUACUGGCGAUCUUGCAAAGGCUGGCGAUUCAAAAGUCAACAAAAGAAGAAAGUCUCACAACACGACAAAGGCGGUUGCUCUUGGCACAAAUACGGGCACCAUUGUCAUAUACUCCCUUGCCCAUGGUUCGAUCGUGAAGCGUUUGACAAGUGCACAUACCACACCCGUCACCGAUUUCGUGCUUAACAAGGCUGGCACAAAGGGUUAUUCGGUGGCUGAAGACAACUACAUUGUCGAAUGGGAUAUUGUCCAAGAAAAGGAAACGGCAAAAUGGAAAGCAAAUGAAAAGAGUGUGCGGAGAUUGGCCCUUAGCCACGACGAAACCAAGUUGGCAGUUGCUGGUCAUACCAUCAGUCUGUGGAACUUACACGAUCAAAAAGUAUUCAAGAAAUUCACGGGACACGCCAGUGCCGUCAAGGAACUUCGAUUCUCAUCCCAGGAUGACAUCUUAGUAUCCAUUGGAGACGACGAUCGCUACGUGAACGUAUGGGAUGCACAGUCGACAAACGACAACACCAACAAUUUGACUGCAUUGACACUCGAAAACAAUGUUAUCCAAAUUGAUUUCUCGGAAACCGAGUCAUCGGUCCUUGCUGUAUCUGAAGAUGGCUCUGUUGGGGUGUGGCAAAAUGCCUCUUCUCCGGCAAUGGCUUCGGGCCCCAAGAACAGACGGAAAAUGGCACGCGCUACCACAAAGCAGCCCGAUUCAACCAUCACAGUUGUAUCCAGCACAUCAGAGGAGGAAACGAUCCCGGUUAUCUCAGCAAACUUUGUUACGGAUAAUGACAGUAAAGCUGUUAUGAUUGCUCGUGGCUCAAGCAUUAAACCAUCUUUUGAAGUUGUGCAAUACGUGAACGAAGAAUCAGGCGCAGUGAUGGAUAACAUUGUGUUGACAAGACAGGCCGUUGUGAACAACUUGGUCAGCAAUGGAUCAAUGGCAGCAAAUAACUUGAAAACGACGCAGAAAGCAUACAAUGAAGCCGCCGUCAAGGUCAUAGGCAACACCGACUUUGCGAUGCGAAACCCUACAGCCAAGAGUAGCAGCGAUGGACAAGUAUCAGCAGAACCUUCCCUCGAGCAACGAUUGAACGAGAUGGGCGUGAACGAGGAGAAGAGCGAAAUAGAGACAAAGAAAAGGACCAACAAGCCAUCGACGCCAUCAGCCGGAUCGUUGCAGCAAGUCCUUUUGCAAGCAUUACAUUCUGGGGACAAAGCCCUUUUGGAGGCAUGCUUAGCACAAGAAAAGCCAGAAAUCAUCCAAACCACGAUCCAGCGAUUGCCCACUGCAUAUGUCAUCCCUCUCAUGUUACAACUUAUUGCCAAAUUCCAAACCUCCCCUGGUCGUGGCACUGGUCUGUUGGUGUGGAUCAAGGCCGUCUUGCUGACCCAUACAACCUAUCUGAUGACCGUACCUGACUUGGUUGCUCAGUUGUCGACCUUCUAUCAGGCACUGGAUUCGCGUCUAGCUGUGUUCCCCAAAUUGCUUGCUCUGCGUGGUAGAUUAGAUUUGAUCCAGAACCAGAUCAACAAUCGAUCACGGUACAGCCAGAAUGAAGACGGCGAGAACGGUGCCGUUGGUUUAUAUGUUGAAGAAGACUCGGACGAGGAAGCAGAGCAAGAGGAGGCUGCCAUGAGCGAGGACGAAGUGGAUGAAUACGUUAGCGAAGACGAAGAAAUGCUGGAGAUGGAAGACUACGACGAAGAAGAUGAAGACGAUGAUUAGAUGAACAACGCGUAGCUGGUUCUGUUUUUUCUGCCCUUUAAUUCACACAUUUUAUUCUUAUUUACAUACAAAACAUCCGAUAUCAUGUACACAUACAACAACACACCACACACAUCCAUCCAUACAGUUUGCAAGAAGAAAAAUUACGAUACAGUAGCUUAUUAUAUAAAGCCUUGAUGGUAAUACAAUCACAAAACAAAGAAAGCAUUUUACUAUUAUAAAAAAAAGACUCAAUUCAUUGUCACGAAAUAAGAGAUCCGCUUGUCGCCAUACAACGCGCUCGCGUGUGUUGAUUUUCGUUUCCGUGGUGGUCUGCCUUCUAACGCGUGUGUAUUCGGAGUACAUCACAAAAAAAAACUGGGACAGGAUUUUGCUC